GCAAUGAGUUGGUGGAGGAACAACUUCUGGCUCAUCUUGGCUGUGACCAUCGUCUCCAUCUCCUUGGUCCUGGGUCUCAUCCUGUACUGUGUCUGCAGGUGGCAGCUCAGACAAGGCAGGAACUGGGAAGUUGCCAAGCCCUCAAUACAGGACGGAAGGGAAGAAGACAAGAUGUAUGAGAAUGUUCUUAAUUCUUCACCAGGUCGGUUACCUGCUCUGCCACCCAGGAGUUCACCUUUUCCAGAAGACCCAGCCCCACAGGAAUCUCCAAGACAGCCAUCAGCUUGGUACUCAUCAGUGAAGAAAGUUAAAAAGAAGAACGUCUUUGAUAUCUCGGUCUCCACCGAUCCAGAAAAUGAUUACGAUGAUGUUGAGAUUCCGGCAACCACUGAAAUCCAGCACUCUAUAACACCCAUGCCUCUUUGGCAAGCUGAAACGGGCUUACACAGCUCAUUUUAGAAUAAUCUGGAAUGGCUGGACUGUAACAUAAGCACUUCCCGAUCCCUAGAGGAAACCACCUCAGCCAUGUGAAAGCUACAGCAGAGGCUAGGACAGCUUGAUGUUCCCGAUGCUCCAGAUGUGUCUGCUGCUCCAGAUGUUCCUGAUGUUUCUCGCACUGCAGAAGCUCUGUCCUGAGACUCUGAGGGUGUAGCCUUGGCACCUCUGUGGAGGAAGUUUCCUUUGUGCAGACCACUGGGCCUGUGAGAAUUGACUCAUUUCCCCACAUUCCCCUUUGCUCCCGUGGUGAAUGUGGCUGUAACGUGGUGGGUCUCCACCUUCCUGAUGUUGGGACCCUUCAACACAGUUCUUUAGG